AUGUCUGUUCGAGUGGUUGCACGACUCCGGCCCUUGCUAGACAAGGAACUCGACAAAGACAUAAUUGUUCGCCCAGAUAGCAGCCACGAUGACAAGCCGUCGAAUAUUGUGCGGAUACCCAAUCCCAAGAAUGAAUCGGAGGAGUUCAGUUUUGCUUUCAAUGGAGUUUAUAAAAUGGCAACAACGCAGGAGGAGCUCUUCACGAAAGAAGUUGCGCCGCAUCUCAAAUCUCUCUUUCAAGGUCUAGAUGUUACAAUUUUUGCAUAUGGCGUUACUGGCACUGGGAAGACGCAUACUAUGAGGGGGGGAAUGAAAUUAUCAGAAAGAGGGGUUAUACCGCGAUUGCUGAGCGGAGUCUAUCGCCGUGGAAGGAAGGUCACGAAAGACUCUGGAGGAGAAACGACAGUGUCGAUUACCCUCUCGUAUUACGAGAUUUAUAACGACAAAGUAUACGAUCUCUUUGAGCCGCCCGAGAAACGUACCUUAGCUGGGUUACCGCUCCGUGAAAAAGACGGGAAGACGAUAGUUGUUGGGUUAUCAGAACAUGCUUGCGAUGAUUUGAAGGAUUUUGAGAGAUUGUACAUCGAGGCAAACCAUAACCGCAGCACGGCGGGGACAAAACUCAAUGCUCAAAGUAGUCGAAGCCACGCAAUUCUAAUGGUCAAGGUCAAUCAGACGAACGAAAACGGGACGCUAACAAGUACGGCAUCGGCAAUUGAUCUGGCUGGAUCAGAAGACAAUCGAAGGACCGAGAACGGAAAGGAGAGGAUGGUCGAAUCCGCGAGCAUCAAUAAAUCUCUAUUCGUGUUGAGUCAGUGUAUCGAUGCUAUUGGGCGAGGGGACAAGAGGAUACCCUAUAGGGAAUCUAAAAUGACGAGAAUUCUAAGCUUAGGCCAGAAUAACGGUAUCACGAUCAUGAUACUGAAUCUGGCGCCUCUGCGAUCUUACCAUCUCGACACCCUUUCAAGUCUCAACGUCAGUUCACGGGCCAAGCGGAUCGAAGUCAGAGAGAUUGAAAACGAAGUGGUAUUUACGCAGCCACCAAGAAAGGCUGCGCCUAUAACUGGAGCAACCAUUCAACGGCAGCCACUACGUGCCCUUGCGAAUGCUCACAAUACACACCCGACUGCAGUGCCCCCGAAAGCUGGAGACAAGCCCGCAAAGGCGUUUUCGGUAUACACAGAUAAAGCAAAGCCAGGGCCGCGACCGUCUAACUCAACAGCAACAUCGGUUAUGAGGACGAAUUCCACGAACAAGAGACCAUCAGAUUCUGGAGCCAACUCACGCCCAACGAAAAUGGCCAGACCAACAGCCCCAAGGUCAGCGGCCGAACUAUCGGCCUCUAAAAUCGAAGAGUUAAUUGAACGAAAGGUUUCCGAAGCCUUGGCCAGCCGAGCUUUAGAGCAGCCACCAACCAAGAAUUCACAAGAUAUUACCGAUGCUGUCCAGCGACGGCUCGAAGCUCUUGAAAGAAAGAUUGAGAGUGGCGAAGCCGAAGAAGCACGGACUGAAGGCUUACGCUUCCUAUUGAUGGCCAAGCAACACAAGGAAAGAGGGGAAGACAGAAGCGCACUGAAAAUGUAUGAACUGGCUUUACCCUUCUUCCCAGACCAGGAAAAGUUGCAAAAGAAGAUUCGCAACUUGAGGGCGAAGAUACAGGCAAAUAAAGAAGCAGAAGCGGCGGCCAGGCAGUCAGCGUCUGUAGAGGUUCAUCGAAACGCCCUUGCAACAGCACCUAUUGUUUCGGCUACGCAUCUCCCUAGCCCUGCUGCAUCUCUGGAAAACUUAGUAGAAAUGCAAGCCGACCCAGAAAGAAAGGAGGUCAACGAACACUCUGAUGACGAGUAUAUUGGUUCAGCGAUUAUUCCUGAACACAAAUAUCAAGAUGAUGACAGCUUCGUAUACAAGGCCUCAAAACCCAAGAAGUCGAAAGCCAAGACCGGUGCAAAGUCUUCGCUUCGUGUAUUCACCGAUAAUGUUGACCCCGAAGUUCCCCCAGCCCCAACUCCACGGACCCGGCACCUCCUCGAUAUUGUUAAUUCCCGAGACGUGGCUAUGAUCAGGGGCCUCAGCGGCGUUGGAGCAAAGAAAGCAAGAGACCUCGUCGAAUUCCUAGAGCUGCAGAACGAAGAUGAUGGAGGGAAUAUCCAGACCCUACAGCAAUUGAAAGCGGUGCCAGGGAUGGGUAAUCGAACGGUAGAACGGGCGUACGAAGGGAUUGUUGUGUUACUUGUAUAA